UUGGCCUGAUCUUAGUUGCCUGUGGCUGUGAAGAAGUUUGGCAGCAGCAAUAUGACAUUCAGUGCUGCAUCCACCAUUAGCAAAAUAGCAUCAACCAGGCCCUCCAUUGGAGUGAGGAGCCAGUAUGGAGCUGGACUGGCAAAGGCCAUUCAAGGAGUGGGAACUAGAAGUCGAGCUGUGAAUUGUGCUGCCACUGUAACUGGGGCUAUAGGGAAGAAGCCAAGAGUGGCAGUGACUGCACCCCCAUCUGUUGAGACAGCAGCAACCGGCUCCAAGAGGCGCCCAGCUUGGGAUUUGAAAGGACAGCUUUCUGAUAUGAAGGUGCAGCUGGGCAACAUGAAGACACGGAUGUCUGAGUACACAAGCAAGCUCGAGGUCUCUGAGGUGCACAGCAAGCUGCUUCAGGAGAAUGUGCAUCAGAGAGACAAACAGUUGGAAAUAGCCAGCUCACAGAUCGAAGAACUGCAAGGCAACCUAAAGGCAAUGGAAUUACUGCUGAAGAACCGAGAAGUGGAACUGGAGAAGUGCCGAGCUGAGAAUUCUGCCAUGCAAGGAGUGCUGGAGGUACGGGGAACUGAAAUAGAACAUUUAACUGCUCAAGUCACAGAACUGAAGACCAGCAGGAGUGAGCUGCAGAGCAGCUACCUGACACUUUCCGUGAUGGCUGAGAAUACUGAGAACAAGCUGAAGCUGCGAGAGACUGAGCUUGCACAAAAAGUUGCCUGCAUAGAGGAGCAACAGUCAACCAUUGCAUCGCUGCAUGGGGUGAUUGCAGAUUGUGAGGAAAGGCUGCACCUGACAGAACAGGAGAGACGCAGACUGCACAACACCGUGCAGGAACUCAAGGGUAACAUCCGUGUGAUCUGCCGUGUACGGCCGGUCCUCAACUCUGAGAAGGAAGCUUGCAGUGAAAUUGAACACGUUCAGUUUUCUCACGAUGAUGACAAAGUGAUCAGUCUGACCAAAAAGGAAGAGUCUCACACUGGUCGUGAUCGGAAAGAAGAGGUGAAAUAUGACUUCAGUUUUGACCAUGUAUUCCAGCCAAUGGCAAAGCAAAGAGAUGUAUUUGAGGAUAUCUCACAGCUGGUCCAGUCUGCCUUGGAUGGAUACAAUGUGUGCAUCUUUGCCUAUGGGCAGACAGGCAGUGGGAAGACAUUUACAAUGGAAGGGCCUGAUGACAUGACACCAGAGAACAUGGGGAUGAUUCCUCGAGCGGUUGAUCAAAUCUUUGCAACAGCAGAGAAACUGAAGACCAUGGGAUGGACAUAUAAAUUCACUGCCAGCUUUUUGGAGAUCUACAAUGAGACACUACGUGACCUACUUGUGACAAAGCCAGAAAAAAAUGUCGAGUAUGAGAUCAAACGCCUUAACAAUAAAAGUGAACAGCUUCAUGUCACAAACCUCAAAUACGUCACCGUCACUGCAGAAGAUCAGGUCCACAAUUUAAUUGCUAUUGCAAAAGCCAAACGUUCAGUUGCAAAAACGGCAGCAAAUGAUCGUUCCUCUCGGAGCCACAGUGUCUUCCAGUUGAUGAUUGAAGGGAGCAACUCUAACCGUGAUCUCCAGUGCACAUCGACUUUGAGCCUGGUGGACUUGGCUGGCAGUGAGCGCCUGGAUAAAUCUCACUCAAAGGGUGAUCGUUUACGGGAGGCUCAGGCCAUCAACACCAGCCUUUCCUGCCUCGGGCAUGUCAUCAUGUCAUUGUCAAACAAGGAAUCUCACAUCCCUUAUCGGAACAGCAAGUUGACUUACCUGCUUCAGAACAGUCUUGGAGGCAAUUCAAAAACGCUAAUGUUUGUGAAUGUCUCUCCCUUGGAAGAGAACUUCAGUGAGUCACUCAAUUCCUUGCGUUUUGCCAGUAAGGUCAAUGAAUGCGUGAUUGGGACAGCACAGUUGAAUCGGAAAUAGAAUUGAUAACCACAAUCAAAACCUGAAAAUAAUGUUCAAAGGUGUUCUUUCAAAUCUGCUUUCUGUUUUUAAAAAAAAUGGUCAACUUCAAAAGUUUUAAAACAAUCAAUUGUCAAAUGAAAUGUCUCAGAUGUAGCUAAUUAAAAGUUGCAGUGUAUGCACUAGCUUUUCUAGAUUUCAGAAAAUAUAGUGUUAUAUAUUUUUCAAGUGGGUGAGGUGGGGAGUCGGGCUGUCUACGCUCUGAUUUAUGGUUAGUGCCUCCUGGAGAUGGUGAUAUUUGUUCACUGUCCUUUCGCAGCACCUACAACUAUUCGAGUGGAUUUCAGGCACCUUUAGACCACUCCAGUAGACUUAAGAAUUGGUGCUGUAUGUAUAAGUGAGUGAAUUUAUUUUACAAAACAAAUUACUGAUCUUAAUUGUGCGUUGGCUGUAGUCAUUGUUGAGUAUACAAGUAUAUUUGGAUAUGUUCAGCAUUAGGUCCAUAUUAAGAGGUCCUGUUGUGUACAUUCAAUUAUUGUUGAUUUUUAACUCUAUAUGUCUAACUAGUAAAUGCUUUAGUUUGAAGAAUAUUAUUCAUGCUUAUAUUCUUCAGCUGUUGCAAAGUCCCUCCACAGUAUUCUGCAAUCUUAUAAUGCUUUGUACUAUGGAUGGUCUUCACUCAAUAUAUGCCAUGUCAUUAAAAAAUAGUGUCGCGAAUCUUUAUAAUCGUGGAGCAGAAGUAAACUGAUUAUUUUAAAUUUUUUCAAGACUAUAUAAACACUUACUGUAUUCAAGAGGUUUCAUUUUAAGAAAUGCUAUUAAAGUUCAAUGUCUCUUUGC